GUGGAUGAGCGUGAUAACGCGUAAACUCGAUCCCGCCCUUGUCUGUUGAACAAGGAAGCUGUUGCCAAUGGUGGCGAGGUAAACCAAAUACGAUUAAUUACCAUUUCACCUCUAAACGAAUCGACAUCAAAUCCUUACAAACGUUUAUAAACAUUAAUGCGAAAUAGUCAUUGCGAUCCACGACUAGGACGAUUAACAGGCUAGGCCUACCUGUUGCAUCUUCGGGACUGCAUCUUCAACGUUCAGCGCUUCUGUCACAGCUUCGAAUAACCAGGAGCGAUAUGGCUAAACUGAACUGUGACACGUACAGCUGCUGCAGUUUCACCUGUAUCCUAGUCCUUGUCAUAGUAGAGACGGGGGAUGCCUACAUCGACCCCAGUCGGAACACAUCACUGGUGUCCGUGAAGGGACUGGCUGAUUUACCAACCUCACGGGACAUAGUAGUGAAAGAGGGAAGCAGCACACUCAUUGAAUGCAAUGUUACUGGAAGUCACGACGAUAUUAUGUGGUACAAUUCAAAAGGGCAUAUAUUGGAUGAACAGGGAGAUGGCAAAUGGCUGAUACUGGAGAAGGGAAUCUUAAACAUCACCACAGUGACCUUUGAGGACCGCGGCAGGUAUACAUGUAUCGCCUCAAAUUCGAAUGGAACAUCAAACUACACCAUCAGAUUGCGUGUGGCUUACACACACAGUGGUCUGGGACUCUAUUACAUGAUCGUCUGCCUUGUCACGUUCACGGUCACCAUGAUCCUGAACAUCACACGCCUCUGCAUGGUCAGCACACACCUGAAGAAGACAGAGAGUGCCAUCAACGAGUUCUUCCGCACAGAGGGGGCAGAGAAACUGCAGAAGGCCUUUGAGAUUGCCAAACGCAUACCCAUCAUCACCUCCGCCAAGACCCUGGAACUGGCUAAGGUCACGCAGUUCAAGACGAUGGAGUUUGCCCGCCACAUUGAAGAGCUGGCACGCAGUGUCCCACUACCUCCGCUCAUUCUGAACUGCAAGGCCUUUGUGGAUGACAUUCUGGAGACUGUCCAUAUAGAUCUGGCAACACCAAGUGCAGGGCCCAGGGCCCAGAGGGCCAUAGAAGCUCCUCCCUGUGCUGGUGAAUGUGGGGAGGUGAUCUGCAGUGUCCCUCCAGCAGAUGGACCAGACGUGGAGAACCACGAAGAAGAUCAGGAGGAAACCCCAGUGGUGAACAGCGUCGACAUUACGGUCUCGGUCCACCCCAGUAGCUCCAGCGAGGCUGUUGUGGUUGUCAGCGAGGAGAAUGAGUCUGACGUCACAGUACCCAUGCUACAGUCAAGCACUGCUGGGCAGGAGGACUCUGACCAGAAGACAUAGGCCUUCUGUAGGCCUCAGUAAAGAGUGCUGACACAACUAAGAUGAAAGGGACAUGGCUGCAGGAGGUUAUUCUCUGCAAAGAGAGUCGUUGAUUGUUUAUGUAUGGGUUUCUUUUUUUCUGGUGAUUGUUGUGAAUGUGAGAAAAAAAACGUUCAAGUGCUAGCUAUUUGCAGUGAUUAUGUUGUGAUCCCACUGUGCAGUGUUUUCUUUACAGGGGUGUCAUGUACUGUAGACCUGAAUGGAAUAAUGAAUUAGUAUUCCUUUACCCAGUUGUGGAGUACGUGCUCUCAGCCUUGGUAGUACACAAACAGGGGAUGCCAACCUUUACUGCUGGAGUUAGUACCAGUCACUAAAAUGAGAGCCUGCCACAUGAGUCAUCUGGUCUGUGCAAAAACUUGGUGGGAGACAUAUACGGCUUAUCUUCUUUAUAUUAAAUAGAAUUUGAAUUCUUAAUAUUCUUCUAAAUAAAUGGGAAACUUUAUUGUUACCGUCAUAAUUUAAGUCUAGCAUUGGCCGAAUGACCUAGUGGCUGAAGCCAACCAGCCUGAACCUUAUUCUCUAGUUCGCAUUUGUGGAUGUCUGUUGAAGACCACUGGCCAAACCUUUGCUUAGUUCUUACUGGAACAACUUAUUUUUUCAUAUGUAAUAUUUUUUUAUCUGCCAUCAUACAUCUACUUAGCCAAAGCAUGACCAGCAAUGCCAAAAUAUGGCAACUCGCAACUCCACUAAACAUUUUGUAAUGUAAUACACACACAUUGCAUGUGUUUAUAGCUAAAAUGUGAAUUCUAUUUGGAAGACAUUAAAACCUAAGCAUGGAGUGGUUUUGUAUUGUUUCUCCUCUAUUCUAGGGCCUCCGUAGGACAAAAUAAAAUAAUAUACCUGA